AUGGUUGAAAAUUAUAGUAUGGACGAGGAUGUUCUAAGGAUAUGUCCUUUGUGCAAUUCAUGUGUAAAGCUCUUCUUUAUCAACUGGAAUGAAAAGUUGCUAAUGUGUGAAAACACGACUUGUGAAUUCCCAUUUGGUCACGAGGAACUGCAGUUUGUCAAAGAGGACAACGAGAUGGACAGUGACAUGGAAGUCAUCAGUCUCAGUAGGCUCGGCAAAGGAUCAACAUCAGCCUCCAUAGUUUCCACUACCGCUUGGUCAGAAAUUGAUAAAAUCAACAGGGUAUAUGAAUCGGAAGAUAGCCAGUUUGAAAUCAAAAGCAAUUGUGUGAAACAAUACGAAAACAAAAAGAAGAAUAAAGCGCGAAACAACCUUGUAAAUGAUAGCCAAAUAUUGAAAAAUGUAAAAGAUUUGAAGGGGUUGACAAGGGAGUUGAAAGGAAUAGACGACACACAAGAAAUUAUCAAAAAUGAGAAGUGGAUAAAGAAUUUAAUGAACUUGCAAGGUCUGUCUGGAGUGCAACUGCUACAGCAACAAGAAAUGGAGCAGUUGAAGAAAAUGGAACCGAGUUUUGGAGCGGGCGAGCUUAAAAUUGAUAUAGAUACAAAUAAAAAUAACAUGUCGUCGAUAAAAAUAGAAAUCACAAACAGAAAUGAUGACAAUUCUACUACAGAUAACAUAACAUAA